AUGGCUCGGAUAUUCAUCACCGGUUCAAGCGAUGGUAUUGGCCAAGCCGCCGCAAAGAUUCUCGCAGAUCAGGGACAUUCAGUCGUUCUUCAUGCCCGAAACGCCGACCGUGCAGCUUCAACUCAGAAAGCAGUUCCUAGAGCAGAAGCCGUCCUAAUCGGCGACCUGCGAUCCAUCUCAGAGACGAAGAAACUCGCUCAAGAAGCCAACGCCUUGGGAAGUGGAACAUUCGAUGCAAUCAUUCAUAACGCGGGCAUUGGCUAUGGCUCAACCUCUAGUCGCGAGAUCACCGCAGACAACAUCUCGGCUGUCUUCGCUGUCAACACUUUAGCGCCGUACAUCCUGACCUGCCUGAUGAAGAGGCCCACGUCACGGCUUCUUUACAUGAGCUCGGAUAGCCAUUAUGGUGGAGAUGAGAGUUUACGGAAUGUUACGCAGUCCCAUUCAUACAGUGACAGCAAGCUUCACGAUGUGAUGCUUGCUAACGCCUUUGCUCGACGGUGGGGUGGUGAUAUCCAGGUGGUGAGCAUGCAUCCCGGUUGGGUCAGGACUAAGAUGGGAGGUAGCAUGGCCCCAGGUGGUAUGGAUAAGCCUGCCAAGGCUCUGGCAGAAUGGGCGAUUGGGGAAGGUAAAUUGGCUGGGUUACCUAGUGGGACAUUCUUUACGACGAGCGGUGCGAAGUCGGCGCAUCCGGGGGCUGGCAAUGUGAGCAAGCAGGAGGAAUUACUGAAGACCUGCAAGGAUGUGUCUGGGAUUGCCGUUCCGGGAGAGUAG